CGCUGCGAUCUGCCGCCCAGAGCUGACAAACCCAGAGACCAGAGACCAUGACCACCUCCGCUGAUAGUGUGUUCGUUUCCCGUUCCGAUGGCAUCUCCGCCGAAGGAGUCCGGGACCAGUAUGCCGAUGGCAAGGCCGCCAAGGUGUGGGAGAUCUUUAUCGGAGACAAGAACUCCCGUACGGACAACUACAAGAACUUCCUGAUCGAUAUGUUGCGGAAGAAGGGCUGCAAGCGGGUCCUAGAUGUGGCCUGUGGAACGGGUGUCGACUCUCUUAUGCUUGUGGAGGCUGGGUUCGAGGUGGUUUCCGUUGAUGCUUCUGACAAGAUGUUAAAGUAUGCUCUCAAGGAGCGCUGGAACCGUCGGAAGGAGGCUGCCUUUGACAGUUGGGUCAUUGAGGAGGCCAACUGGCUGACUCUGUACGAUGACAUUCAGGAGCAUAUCAAGGACGGUUUCGAUGCUGUGAUCUGCCUAGGCAACUCCUUUGCCCACUUGAUGGACGGUUUUGGGGAUCAGCGGGAGCACAAGCAGGCCAUAGGCAACUUUGAGAAGUGCCUAAAGCCAGGUGGCGUUCUGCUAAUUGAUCACCGCAACUAUGAUAAUAUCCUCGAGACUGGAGCCACGCCCGCCAAGAGCAUCUACUAUAAUACGAGUCACACAGCGGACAUCAAGACAUCCGUGCUUUUCUAUUGCGGCAAGCCAGCCCUGGUCUCCAUGGACUACCUGAUCGCUGGAAACAAACUGACCAGCGAGUUCCGCCUGUCCUACUAUCCCCACGAGCUGAAGCGCUUCCGUGAGAUCCUUGGCGAAAUCUUUUCGGAGAAGGCCAAGCACCAGCUGUACGGCGACUUCAAAGAGAUGAGCCUGGUAAAGAAUCCUGCCUUCUACAUCCACCUGAUCGAGAAGCCCGAGGUAUAGGUUUAAGAAAUUAGUUUGUAUUCCACAUAAGGUCACAGAACACACAUCUACAUAAAUAUACAUUAUAAAGUUCCUCGAAAGCACA